UGUUGCAAUUAACAUGAAAUUGCAACCUUUUGUAUAACAACUAGAAACAGGUAUUCGCUGUACAUGUACGUACGUGCAAACAUAGUUGUAAAUAUUAAAAAUAGCUGCGGGAGAAAGUCACAAAACUACAAAAGUCCGUAUGUCUCGCGGCUAUCAGAAAUCAACUAAAAAUAAUCAUAAUUCCUCCAGGGUGGAAUACUUACCUUCAGCAAGCGCAUCAUCCCUCAACAGAACGAUACACGAACGGAACGUUCGUAAAGAGUCGAAUAUCAUUUGUGAACCUAGAAAACUGGCGUCCCCUUUAGUUUUAUUUAAAAAGAUGAGAGAAAUGGACUUCCUUAAGCGCCACGUCAUGUUUCGCCUGAAGAACGCGUUACUGACAAAAGCGUAUCGAAUGAAUUUACUCACGUUCGAAGUACUCUGCGCAUUUUGCAUCGUUCCCUUCAAAAUGUCCUGGGAGGAGGAGAAGGUCGUCGAAGUGCGGGGCAAGUUGAGACGAACGGUGACCAAAUUUAUGUAUCUGUUUCAUUUGGGAAGAACGUUCCAUUUUUUGGUGGGGUUUGGAUUGAGGAUGGCAGGGCUGCAGGUGGGGCCUUCGGGGGAGUAUGUCAUGUCGGACAAGCUGCUGGAUUACGGGUGGAUGGGUCCAAUCAUGUGCACGAUCCUUUUUCGGUUCGAAUUGACGAGGAAGUCGAAAGAGAUGGUUAAAAUGAUGAACGAGGCGCAUAAGUUGGAAAGAGAAGCGGAAAAAGAGGGUUUGAAUACCAUCUACAUUAAAGGAUUUUUUGGGAAGGCCUGGCAAGUCUACACGUACUCAGCCUAUUCCUGCGUCUUCUCAGUCCCCAUGGCGGCUGGGAUGUUCUCGAUGCUAAAUCCGUGCGAACCCGCCUUCAUUUCGUGGCAGUUCCUUCCCUGCAAUUCGACCACGUGGGUCCCAUCGACUGACCAGGAGCACAGAAUUGUCUUAACCUCUGGCGUCAUCGAGACCUUUUUCUGUGGAAAGUUACCCCAGAAGUUGUUCACAUCUCAAUUUUAUUCAUUCAAUAUUUAG